AUGGCAUUUUUAAAGAAAUUCUUUGGAUAAAAAACAGAUUCUUAAAGUUCUCUGUAUAAGACUAACUUAAAUGAAAUUUAUAAUAAAUCGCCAUUUCAAAAAAAAUAAAUUUCCUCAACGAUUCAGGAUUAAAAAAAAUUAGAGCAAUUUGAACUUGUACUUGAACAACAAAUAAUUGAUUUGGAGGCUCUUAAGAAACUCACAUGGAGAGGAAUACCUAAUGAAUAUAGAGCUAAAGUGUGGAAAUUAAUUGUAAAAUAUAUUCCUCCUAAUCACAUGAAUAAGAUUAUCAACAAUACAUUAAGAAAUUAUUACGAACAUAUGAACGAACAAGAAAGGGAUGAAAACGAGAGGAAAAUCAUAAAGAUUAUAUAAAAUGAUGUCUUGAGAACUCAGCCUGAUUAUAAACUAUUUAGAGAUCCCAGGAUUCAAGAAAUGUUUAAGAGGCUUUUAUUUAUAUGGAAUAUGCGACAUCCUAUGAGUGGCUAUGUUCAAGGAAUCAAUGAUGUGGCAUCGCCUUUAGUUGUAGUAUUCUUGAAUGAAUAUGUUCCAAUAGAUUUCAAUUCUUUUGAUGUCCCUUCUAAUUUUGACAAAUUGCCAGAAGAAAUCUUGAUUGAUAUUGAAGCUGAUAUUUAUUGGUGUUUAUGCAAAAUAAUUGAAAACAUUUAAGAUUAUUUCACUGCAAAUUAACCAGGCGUUUAGGAAGCAUAUGUAAAAAUCAGGGAACUCAUCAAAAUACUUGACUAUCCCUUGUAUCAAUACUUUGAGGAUCAACAAAUAGAUUUGAAUCACUUCGCCUUUAGAUGGGUGUUAUGCCUAUUGAUAAGAGAGUUUCCAUUAUCCUUAACGAUCAGAUUAUUGGAUACUUAUUUAGCUGAAGGCGAUGAAAUGGCCAAUUUGCAUGUGUACACAGUAACAAACCUAAUUCUUAAAUGUGCACCUGAAAUCAAAUCAAAGAAUAUGAGUGAAGCAGUCAUAUUUUUAUAGAAUUUACCAACUAAGGAAUGGACAGAAGUACAACUUGAGAUGCUCUUGCAAGAAGCAUUUGUUUUUCAAGAUCAUUUCGAGAAAACCAAAGGUCAUCUAAAAUUAAAUUAAGGCAACACAAAUAGAAGUAGCAUUCUCUGA